UGUACAGCAGCAGUCAGAGAAGUGCUCUCUCUAGGUGGUGACGGCGAGAGGACAGCUAGUCUUAUGCUGCUGGGUUACUUUCAGUUUGGAAGAUAGUAUUCACAAGGGCUUAUCUGGGCAUAGCACUGACAGCAUGAUCAAGAAGCUCCUGGUCUCCUUUCUUGUUUUCAGCUGGAGCACUGGAUCACAGCAUGAAAGCAAUAGUACACUUGGAGUACAGACUGCAUAUAAGACUGCUAUAAAGAGGAUUAUUGCUAAAAGAGAAAUUUUUUGCGAGUCUGGUCAACACCUUGCAGCCGAUGGCAAGACCUGUUGUACGAAGUGUCCACCAGGUACAUUCAAAGAGCAUGAUUGUACAACAGGCAACAAUACACCAACUUGUUCACCGUGCAACAAUGGAGUUAACUUCAUGGAUGAGCACAAUUAUCUUGAGAAGUGCCGAAAGUGCCAGUCAUGUGACAGUGGACAUGGUAUGGAAGUUGAAGACAACUGUACCACCACCCACAAUAUAAAAUGCAGGUGUAAACGUGGUUAUUUUUGCAUUGCUGAACAAUGUGCAAAGUAUUGUGAACCAUGUGACAAGUGUGAAAAUGGCAUUGCCGUACACUGCACCCCAACCUCAAAUACUGUAUGUAAAGGAAACUUUUGGUGGACGUUGUCAGCACUUAUACUACUGCUGCCAUUGGCUGGAAUGCUGUACUACUGCUUUUGGCACAGGAAGAAUUACAAGAACUUGAAUAUUAACCAGCAGUAUUCAAAGAAUGUGACAGAGGAAGAGAACCCUCUGCUGUAUACAGAUAUUGACUUGAGCCCCCACAUUUCUAGUAUUGCAGAGGGGAUGACAUUACCCCAAGUCAAAACGUUUGUUCGGAAGCAUCAAUUAACAGAACCAACCAUAGAGCGAGUCAUUCAGGACAACCAGAAUGAUACAGCUGAGCAGAAAAUUAAAUUGCUCCUGAGCUGGUAUGAAGCCCAUGGAAUGAAGGGGGCACACAGAACUUUGAUCAGCAGCUUGAGAGAACUCAAAAUGUGUGCUGUUGCUGAUAGCAUUGAGGAAAAACUGAAGUCAGUUGUUUCCAGCAUCCAGGAAAACAACAGAUCAAAUAAUGGAACUAAUGAGCAAAGCAGGGCCCAUUCUUAUGGAGAUUCAGUGCCAUAACGUUGAAUCGACAGGAAGCUAUUUCUGAAUGAACUAAAUUUUUUCUUAAUGUUGUAGAUAUCAGAAAGCUUUCAGAUGUCAUUUCUUUGAACAAAUUCUGGAUACAAAGAAGGUGUAUAGGUAAGCAUAAGCAACAGGCCUAAUUAUUGGGGAGGUAUUUACUCAAAAAUUCUGAAACAUUUCUACUGUUUGCUAAGAUCUAGGAAUAGAAAUCCUGGGAUUAUGCACAAACAGUUCUACCUACGAACUUACUGUUCAUUUUACAUCUAUCCUACUAGCAGGAAAAUGGUGUAAAUGGCAUUAGAGGAACUGGAGAUUACAAGCAGUGUCCACAGAGGGUGGCUAAAUGAACUGCUUGCAGUCACCCAUGAAGUAAGCAGCACAUGAGGGAAUGGAGCCUGGGCUGCUUUGGUUCUACAACAGUACCUAACCGACUAGGCCAUCCAUUGGUAACGUGUAGAGGGUGCACGUGCAUGCAGGUGCACCCCCUGAGACGGUGGAGCACCCCCUAAGAGAAGCCCUGCCAAUGCUGCUGGCAGUGCCUGCAGGCAGUCGCUGCUCGCCACCCUUUCCCCCCUCUGCUGAAAUAACUGCAGCUGCCUGUAGGAGCUCCUCACUCAGCGUGUCCCCGCUGCCGCCACGGCUGCCUACAAGAGCUCCCCGCUCCCCAUCACCACACCCCCACCGCCACCACCUCCUGCAGGUGGUCACUGUGCCCCUCCAGCCUUUGGGAGCACGUGUUGUUCAUGAGGCCAUCCCAGAAUCUGACCUGCUUUUGCUAGAAAAAUCAACCAGUAGUAGAAUGAAAACCUACUUCAGGAUCGAUGGCCAUGGUAUAUUUAUGCUACACUCAUGUUUUAAAUAGUUUUCCUUACUAGUCUUAUGUUUCAGUUCUCUAACAAAACACCAGAAUUUAAGAAUAUUUUUAGCUAAAAAACUUGCAUUCAGCAGUGAUCGCUAUGAUCCGUUCAGGUUUCAAAUCCACCCAUGUGAACUGGGAAUGUGACCUGUAUUUCUGAAAGACAGGACCAGGUCCACAAUUUUUAAAGUUUUAUCUAUACCAGCUGGGAAUCCUCCAAGAUUCGGUUGUAUGACUAGCUUUUCUACUGCAAAAGAAACUAAAAUACAAACAGUAAUAAAAGACAUCAUUAAAAAAGCAUA